CGUCUUUCUUCAUUAGACUUUAGUUAGAUCCCAAACACAUUACAGGUUUCAUAUUCUUUUCCACAAAAGUCUCAAUCUUCUUUAUUUUGACAUCAUCCUUAAUCCCUCUUUUGGUCUAAAGGUUUUGUAUAUAACAACAACACUACUCUCUCCUCUGCGAAAUCAACACACAAAGAUGGAUCACGAUCUCGAGAUCUUCCCCUUACUCUCCUACGCCCUCCACCACUCCGAUCCCGCUUCCCACGCGCCACCGUCUCUCUCCGUCCAACACUCCCUCGCCAAUCGCUACCCUCUUCUCACAAACCCUCACGUCAUCUCCACGCUGAUCGAAUCAAUCCCCAGCACCAUCACGCAGACCCUCCACGUCUUCGCCUCGCUAGGCCCCCGCCCCGAUCCUUCGUCCGUCUCCUCCGCUCGUGCCAAGAUCGCUCAGAUCCGAGAGACUGAUCCAUCCUCGUUGUCUCCCGAGGAUGCUGCCAAGGAGGAGCAGAUCUACGUUACGGUUGUGAAGUUGGAGGAAGUUCACGAAGGGUACGAGAAGCAGCUUAGGGGUUUGGAGGAGAAGCUGAGUGAGGUUUAUGCCUCGGCGGUUGAGUCGUUGGACGGUGGCGAUGAAGUGAACGAGGAGGUUCUUGAGAUUCUCGAUGGUGGAGGAGUUGAGAGGAUCGAUCUCUCUGAUCGUCGGCUUAAGCUUCUCCCUGAAGCUUUAGGGAAUAACGUCUCUUUGGUUUCUUUGAAUCUCUCUCGCAACGAUCUCAAGUUACUACCUGAUACAAUCUCAGGGCUUGAGAAGCUAGAGGAGCUUGAUGUAUCUUCAAACCUUCUCGAGUCUCUUCCCGACUCUUUCGGACUGUUACUUAACCUGAGGGUCUUAAACGUAUCCGGGAACAAGCUAACUUAUCUCCCGGAGAGCAUAACUCAGUGCAGGUCACUAGUGGAGUUAGACGCGAGCUUCAACAACUUGGCUUCUCUCCCUGCAAACAUUGGAUACGGGCUACUCAACCUCGAAAGGCUAUCGAUCCAUCUGAACAAACUCCGUUAUUUCCCUAACUCCAUAUGCGAGAUGCGUUCGCUAAGGUAUCUAGACGCGCACAUGAACGAGAUCCACGGCCUUCCGAUAGCUAUAGGGAGACUCACGAGCCUCGAAGUCUUGAACUUGAGCAGCAACUUCAGCGACUUGACUGAGCUACCCGACACCAUCUCUGAUUUAGCUAACCUCAAGGAGUUGGACGUCAGCAACAACCAGAUCAGAGUCUUGCCGGACUCGUUUUUCAGGUUGGAGAAGCUGGAGAAGCUGAACUUGGACCAGAACCCGUUGGAGUUCCCUCCGCAAGAGAUGGUUAACCAAGGCGCUGAAGGUGUGAGAGAGUAUAUGAGGAAGAGAUGGGAGGAGAUGGCUGAGGAAGAGCAACUGAGGAGUGUGAUUGAGGCUGAGAAGCAACAGGGAGGAGUAACGGGUUGGCUUUCGUGGGGAAGCUCCAUUGUUAGUAAUCUUCUUUCUGGAGGUACUCAGAGUGGUGGAGCUAAUAAGCCUAAAGAAGACUCGUAUAUGGAUCAACUGCUCUAAAAUUUCUUUGUUGUGUGCUUGAAUCUCUUUGAUAACUCUUUCUGGUUAAUACCAUUUUGACUUUUUUUGUAGAAAGAGUUCAUAGUUUAAGUCAAGACGGUAUACUGUCAUAUUCUAUAUGCAAAUUGGCCCUCAGUAAUCGUUCUUAGGCCCGUUGUCAUUGAA